AUGUACCCUCUCAACCUCGAACCAUUCGUUGCUGGUGGCCACUGCGCUGUGGCUAUCUGCCUUGGAGAGACUCCUCUUGUUGACCCGGAUAACGUCUGCCAUCUUGUCAAGUCUCUCCAGCAGAAGUUCAACGACGUUGCCUUUCUAACCUGUGACGAAAUUCACAAGUACGAGAUGAUGAUACCCCGAAACAUGACCAUUACAAGAGCUCAACGACUGGCCAUAAAGAAGGGCGAUGACAUGGAUGCGAUUCUCAACACCGCAUUUGAGCGCCUCAGACAAGAUGGCCAGCUGUCAUCCAGCUUGAAUAUCCUGCGCUGGUCUCAGAUCGAAGAUCAGGACUAUCAGAAGGUCCAUGACAUCAUGUACCAGUACCGAAAGCACUUUGAUGAAGAACUCCGCGCCAGCUCUGGGUUCUACAUCAAGCGUCGUUUGGCUGUCGCCACCUUGACUGAGCAAAGACUUGAGAACUUUACGAAAUACACCCUCGCUGAACUCCCUGUCCAACUUAUGGGGUUUAAUUACGACAAUCGCCAGUACACCACCAUCUUUCAUCCCGUCUAUCCUCGCAAGAAUGCCGAUGGCUCAACGGGAAAUAUCAACUCCCCGUAUGUCUCACCGAUAGACACUGUCGUGCAAGCCUACCGCAACAAUCCUGAUGUCGCGCGUGAUAUCUCUAGCUCGGUCCCGCAUAUGACAGCUGGCAAGGUGACACGGGUAUUCUUUGACAGACCCGUUCGAGAUGAAGUCAAGGAGAAGCCCUGCACAAACGGUCUGGACGCGCCUUCGGUAGAGGCUGCAGUUAUUUCUUGA